AUGCCCUCCGAGAGUCUCAUCAGGUGGUCCCACAGGGGCCUCUUUGCCCUCAUCGCCAUCGCCUCCCUCAUCUCCCUCGUCAUCUCCGCCGUCCUCGUCGGCUACUACAACAAGCACGGGUAUCCCAGUCACCACACCCACGCCUACCGUGACAGAAUCCGCAUCCUCUUGGUGGCGAGUGUCUGGACCAUGGCUUGGGCCUUGAUCCUCAUCAUUGGCUUCGCGGCCAUGGGAACCAGUGCCGUCUUUGGCCUCAUCACCCACCUCGUUCCUAUCGCCAUCUCCUUCCUGCUUUUCCUCAUCGGCGUCUCUGCCUUGACCGGCUUGACGGACAAGAUCAGCUGCUCAAAGUCUUCCGAGACGUUCAGCAGGUGCAAAUAUGUCAAGGGUCUCGUCGUCAUUAGUUGGAUUGACACCAUCUUCAUCUUUGCGGCUCUGAUCUUCUUGAUCACCCUCGCUGUCAUCGCCAGGGGCCGUUACGGCGCCCGUCGCUCCACCCUCUACCUCGAUUAA